AACCGGGAAACAUUUUCCACCAAUCGCCAGUUUUGGACAUUAUCUGACACAGGCCAAUAAAUCUCUAGCUCGGGAGUUGAAAUAAGGUAGUGUGGGUCCAAGCAGGUGUCACUGGAUAGGCUAACACAAGACGGCCCAGACAAGGUGUCUCUGGUUUGAUUAAACAACAGGACACUUGGAAACAUGUCGGAGAAACGCCGGUCGCGAUGGUAUUUCGGUGGACUUUCCUCAAGUGCUGCCGCCAGUAUUACACACCCCUUAGAUCUGAUCAAGGUGCACCUCCAGACACAGCACGAGGUGAGGAUGAGGAUGAUGGGAAUGACCAUGAGUGUGGUGCAGAGAGAAGGUGUUCUGGCUCUGUACAGUGGCCUCAGCGCCUCCCUCUGCAGACAGAUGACUUAUUCUCUGUCCCGCUUCGCCAUCUAUGAGACAGUGAGUGAUCAGAUGAAGGACAGGACCCAUGGUCCCAUGCCCUUCUACCAGAAGGUCCUUCUGGGGUUGGUUGGAGGUACACACACUGUCUUCACACUGAUUUGCCGGGGAUUCAUUGGGACCCCAGCAGACAUGGUUAAUGUCAGAAUGCAGAAUGACGUUAAAGUACCACUAGAACUCAGGAGAAAUUAUGCUCAUGCACUCGAUGGACUGUUCCGGGUAUGGAAAGAGGAGGGAAUGAAGAAGCUGUUCUCUGGAGCCACAAUGGCAUCUUCUAGAGGAGCACUGGUCACUGUUGGACAGCUGGCCUGUUAUGAUCAGGCCAAGCAGCUGGUUCUGGGGACUGGAGCCAUGCAAGAUAACAUUCUAACUCACUUCCUGGCCAGCUUCAUCGCAGGAGGCUGUGCCACUGUCCUGUGCCAACCACUGGAUGUCUUGAAGACCAGGCUGAUGAACUCAAAAGGGGAAUAUGUGGGCCUGCUACACUGUGUGAGAGAUACAGCUAAACUGGGGCCCAUUGCCUUCUACAAGGGUCUGGUUCCAGCAGGGAUCCGUCUCAUCCCUCACACGGUCCUCACGUUCAUCUUCCUGGAGCAGCUCAGAACCUGCUGCGGCAUCAGGAUCGUCACCUGA